UGUAGCAUAAACAAGGGGGCCAUUGAAGUUAAGCAGCUUUACCAUGACAUCAUCUAACCUUUUAAUACAAGGAGCUCCUUGUAUUAAAAGGCCAGAUGGAUGACCCUGACUUCCCAAAGCUUGAUGCUAGGUAGCCUUCUGGAAGAGACCAGAGACCCUGAACCAAGAUUCAGGCCAGACCCCACCCAGUGAAGCUUGAGUGCAUAGUGAUUUUUUUUGAGUCACCAAUGAAGAGAAUUCCAGCCCCUUCAAAACACUGGGCAGGGGGACUGCCAGAGCAGAGAGUCCUUCACAGAAAGAGGGGGAGAGAUUCUGAAAAGAUAAGUGUUGGGAGCAAGAAAUAUGGAAGCAGGAACAAAUGGAACCAAGUGGAAGGUGCUGUGUUGACACAUGCUGCAGAACUGCCCAAGAGCUGCAGGAUAGAUCACACCAGAACCAAAAAGGGGGAUAGGGCUUGUGACGGACAACCCAGGAAAACUUACUAUCUGUCUGGCAAGAGGCAGACCUUGUUCACCCUGCUGUCCAGACGUAUGCUGUAGUAUAGCCAUGGUAAUCAUCAGAGAGGGAAUAUCUUCCAGUUCUCCAUCAGGUCAUGCUCCUUAAGGAGCCCCCACAUCAGCCUGUGAGAAUAUGAUGCCUGUGCAUAUCGGGGUCCAGCCCCAGGCAAGUCCAGCCCCCUAUGAGAUCCAGGUGGAUGCAUCUUCCUUCAUGAACAGGCAGCCGAUUAAUGUUCAGGUUGUAGGGCCGGGAUACAGAGGCCUGUUGCUGGAAGCUCGCACCUUUGGCUCCAUUGCUGCACUUGGCACUUGGCAGACUCCUGCCAAUAACACUAAGUUCCUACAGUGCUCUGGAAACCCGAAAGGUGCGAUUACUCAUUCUAACACCGAGUUCAAAACAAACCUGACCACUUAUACCUGGCUGCCUCCAACCUCUGGUUGCCCUGCCGUUAUUACAUUCAUGGCAACGGUGACACAAUCUCGUGAAAUUUAUUGGCUUGGUGUCAAAUCCAAAGUGAUCUGGAGAGAUUCUAAAGCUACAUGUGGUGCUGAGAAGUUUACAUGGACAGUUGUUAUUGUGACAAUGAUGUCUUUCCACUUACUGCUUUUGCCUGGCUACUUAUAUUAAGUGUUGGGAGUUUCAGAGGAUCUAUUCGAUGGCUAAGGAACAAAUACAGACUCUGUAUACAAUCACUGCAUUUGCUUCUGCCAUGAAGUGGAUGCUGGAAGCCUAAGGCCUUUGUCUCCAGACGUUAUGCUGUUUUUAAACUAUACCAAUAUAGUUUAAGUAAUACAACCCUCUAGUGCAUAAUUAUACUGGUACAGCUAAUUCCCUACAGGCACAUUAUUACAAGUAUAACAAUGUCCUCUCUCUGGGUAUUACCCUCCCACCCCUAACCAAUGUCAUUUUAAUAUUACAUGAUCUGUAUGUAGACUAGGACUAAAGUUAAAGUUGAAUAGUACAAAGCCAUGGUGAAAUCUCAGAGCAGCUAGAACUGAUCUGAAAAACAAAAUUAACGCCAUGACUUCAACUGCAUUCUAAAUUAGAACCUAUAUAAGAUCAAACACCUUUGAUUUGUACAAGGAAUGGUACAUAUCAGGAUCUCUCUACAAUAUCUGUAGACCUUUUCAUUAUACAUCAAUAGUACAAAACAUCUUUCAGAAUUAACAGACAAUGGCAGUGUAUUCACUAAUGGUACAUUAAUAGUAGUGGUACAUACCAAAAGUAAUUUCUUAAAAGGCCGGUCUUUUCUUUAAGUAAUGACUGUAUUACUGCUAUUCUUUGCAACCUCUCCUUUCUGAGAAGGGUAUCCUAUAAUUGAUGUGACAGCAGAAAUUGAUGCUUUUAACAGCUUUGUAAUGAAUAAGAAAUUAAGGCUUAACAUUACUCAUUGCAUGUCAAUUUCAUGAGGGGGGGACACAACCUCAAUAAAUGGUUAUUUUUGCUACUUACAGCAGCUUAGUAGUCUAUUAGUGUAUCUGCAGAUAGUUAUGCAGGUAUAUAAAUAAAAUAGAUUUAACUCCCCCUCGGAUGCCACUAACUUUUGUUGCAUGUUUCUUAGCUGGAAGCACAUCUAUGCCUUUAGGGUAAUUACCUACCUCUGUUGUGUAUUCCUUUUUGUAUGUUUGACUACAGAAUGUUUAUGGUUGGCUGUAUUAUUUUCAAUAUACACCUUUUAAAGUUUAUACCAAUAAAACAAGU